CCCACACAGAGAUGACUUCCCUCUCUAGGAAAGGGCAACCAAGUUCAGCAGCUUGAUGUGAGAGGGCUGGAAAUACUCACCAGAUUCCAGGGGAGAAGAUGGGAAGACGGGGGGCGGGGCGGGGAGGAGAGGCGAGGGUUAGGGGGAGUGGGUCUCAACCUUGGGCUGUAAAUCGAGGUGGUGCCAGCUUAGGGCGUUGGCUGGGGUGGAAGAGAGGGCAGGGCGUGGAUCUGCAGAGGGAGGGACCGGCGAGCUUGGGUGGGAGGUCAAGGCCUGAGCUCAGUUUUGGCGAACCCGGGAUGGAGGCCUGUGCACCCGGCUGCGGGGACCCUGCAUCCUGCCUCUCUGACUUGGACCAGAGACAUUGGGAAAACUUUUUCAGACUUGCUUGGUGCCUGGAGUGGAUAUUUCGGAAGGACAAGGAAGAAGAGGGGAUGACUGUAUCUCUAAAAACUCUUAUCAAUGCUGAAGAAUUUGGACGCGUAUCAAGAUGCUCUGAAGAACAGCAACAACCCUUUGAGGGACUACCGCUUGAACAUCAUGACCAAAGACAACAAAUGUGUUGUUAGAAUCUUUAAUUUUGUUUACAUCGUGACCUUAAUAGUUGGAACCAUAAUCCAAUUCUCUGAUGAAAGUAAAUUUGCAGUAGACAUGUCAAAAAUAGGCCUUACUCAUGUUCUGAAAGACUUGCCACCAGAAACCAAGGUCUUAGACAUGUCUCAAAACUGCAUAUCUGAGCUUCACCUCUCCGACGUGAGCUUUCUCUCAGGGUUGAAAGUCUUGAGACUUUCCCGUAAUAGCAUCCGGUACCUUGAUUUUAGUAUUUUCAAGUUCAACCCGGAUUUAGAAUAUUUGGAUUUAUCUCACAAUCAGUUGCAGAAGAUUUCCUGCCAUCCUAUCAUGAGUCUCAAGCAUUUAGAUCUCUCAUUCAAUGACUUUGAAGUCCUGCCCAUUUGUAAGGAAUUUGGCAACUUGACUCAACUGGAUUUCUUGGGAUUAAGUGCUACAAGGUUUCAGCAAUUAGAUCUGCUACCAAUUGCUCACUUGCAUCUAAGUUGCAUCCUUCUUGAUUUAGAAGGUUAUUAUGUGAAAGAAAACCAGACAGAAAGUCUUCAAAUUCCAAAUACAAAAACACUUCAGCUUGUUUUCCACCCAUAUAAUUUAUUCUCUGUCCAAGUGAACAUAUCACUUAAUAGUUUAGGGUGCUUACAACUGACUAAUAUUAAAUUGAAUGAUGACAACUGUCAAGUUUUGAUUAAAUUUUUGUCAGACCCCAUUAGACAGCCAACCCUACUGAAUAUUACCCUCAACCAUGUGGAAACAACAUGGAAAUGCUUGGUUAGAGUUUUUCAAUUCCUUUGGCCCAAACCUGUAGAAUCUCUCCAUAUUUGCAAUUUAACAAUAGUUAAAAGCAUUGGUAAAGAAGAUUUUACCUAUUCUAAAACGGCAUUGAAAGCAUUGAAAAUAGAACAUAUUACAAACAGAGUUUAUAUUUUUUCACAGCAAGUGUUGUACACAGUGUUUUCUGAGAUGAACAUUAUGAUGUUAACCAUAUCAGAUACACCUUUUAUACAUAUGGUUUGUCCUCAGGCACCGAGCACAUUUAAGUUUUUGAACUUUACCCAGAAUGUUUUCACAGAUAGUAUUUUUCAAAACUGUUCCACUUUAGUUAGAUUGGAGACACUUAUCUUACAAAAGAACGAAUUAAAAGAUCUUUUCAAAGUAGGCCUCAUGACUAAGAAUAUGCCAUCUUUGGAAAUACUGGAUGUUAGCUGGAAUUCUCUGGAAUAUCAUGGACCUGAUGGAAAUUGCCCUUGGGUUGAGAGUCUAGUGGUGUUAAAUUUGUCUUCAAAUAUACUUACUGACUCUGUUUUCAGAUGUUUACCUCCCAGGGUCAAGGUACUUGAUCUUCACAAUAACAGAAUAAGGAGCAUCCCUAAAGAUAUCACCAGCCUGGAAGCCCUGCAAGUACUCAAUGUUGCUUUCAAUUCUUUAGCCGACCUUCCUGGAUGUGGUGCCUUUAACGGCCUUUCUAUACUGAUCAUUGACUAUAAUUUAAUUUCCGACCCAUCAGCCGAUUUCUUCCAAAGUUGCCAGAAGAUUAGGUCAAUAAAAGCAGGGAACAAUCCAUUCCAAUGUACGUGUGAGCUAAGAGAAUUUAUCCAAAGUAUAGGCCAAGUAUCAGGUGAUGUGGUAGAGGGUUGGCCUGAUUCUUAUAAGUGUGAGUAUCCAGAAAGCUAUAAGGGAACCCCACUAAAGGACUUUCAUCUGUCUCAAUUAUCCUGCAACACAGCUCUGCUUGUUGUCACCAUUGUGGUCCCUGUGCUGGUGUUGGCUGUUACUGUGAGCAUCCUCUGUAUCUACCUGGAUCUGCCCUGGUAUCUCAGGAUGGUGUGUCAGUGGACGCAGACCCGGCGCAGGGCUAGGAACAUACCCUUAGAAGAACUCCAAAGAACUCUCCAGUUCCAUGCUUUUAUUUCAUACAGUGAACGUGAUUCUGCCUGGGUGAAGAAUGAACUAGUACCUUGCUUAGAAAAAGAAGAUAUACGGAUUUGUCUCCAUGAGAGAAACUUUGUUCCUGGCAAGAGCAUUGUGGAAAAUAUCAUAAACUGCAUUGAGAAAAGUUACAAGUCCAUCUUUGUUUUGUCUCCCAAUUUUGUUCAGAGUGAGUGGUGCCAUUAUGAACUCUACUUUGCCCACCACAAUCUCUUUCAUGAAGGAUCUGAUAACUUAAUCCUGAUCUUGCUGGAACCCAUUCCACAGAACAACAUUCCCAGCAAGUAUCACAAGCUCAGGGCUCUCAUGACACAGAGGACUUAUUUGGAAUGGCCCAAGGAGAAGAGCAAACGUGGACUUUUUUGGGCUAACAUUAGAGCUGCUUUUAAUAUGAAAGUAGCACUAGUCAUUGAAAACAAUGAUGUGAAAACUUAAAAAACAAGUCAGGAAACCAAACUUAACUUAAGAAACCGUCGACUUGAAUUCUGAUGAACUCUAUGGUUUUAAGUUAUUGUCUGGAUUGUGCCUCCAUUAUCUGCACGGGUUCAGUAGUGAAAACUGUGUUUGAACUGAGCUGGGGAACCAUGCUGGAGGAUGAGGUGGUGCUCAAACUUGCCAAUUACAGAUAGCUCAGUCUCUUCUGGUUUAACCACUCUGUUUCUCAUUCAAACAGUCUCUUUCGAGUAAGUGCUCAGUCAUUCAAGGACCUUUCCUCUCCUCUCUCCUCUCCAAAAUGGAUUCUGUGUGAGCAGGAGUUUAUGGCACUUCAUGGCGGCAAGGAAAGAAUCAACCUCAGAACAGUAUGCAGUGGUCCCUGGAGUGUCCUAUGGUUCCUCAUUGGCCUCUGGGUGAGCUUUGUCAUCCUGUUCAAUUUUGGGCCUUGGGAAAAAUUUGGAUGAGUUAUGGAAAAUAAAGAAGUGUUUUUUCUUCACAUCCGAAUAAUAGUUUAUUAAAUUUUGGACACUGCCACAUGAAUAUGCAAUUAACCAUCGGGACUCAUGGCAUAGUCAUUUAUGUAAAUGGAGGGAAAUAUAGACUUUAGUCAUUGGCUGUUGAGGCCCAAGACAUGGAUGUGUCUGCUUGCCAAGGAAAUUCAGAGCCAAAUUUAUUUGUAAUUGGUUAUUGAAUAGGGCUUUUCUGGCUAUCUUAGAAUUUUGGCUAAUGCCUCGAAGCUGACAAAGGCAGGAAAUGCCACCACAUUUAAAAAAGAGAUGUUAGACAUAGCCAGGGGGGAAUUAUUAAGAAAUAGCAGAAAGAGACCAGUGACUAUCAACCCAUAUUACCCAUUUCCAGAAGACUAGAUUCAAAAGGGUGAUUGGAGAGUCAUUAGUAGAGAUUUUACACGUGUGGGGAGAUUGCUUUGGAUUUCUUCCAAAGGUAAAUGAGACAUUUGUGAAUGAUGCUUGACAAAUAUAGGUGCUUGAUAAAUAUUUAUUGAAUAAAUGGACGAAUGUUUCCCACCUGAAGAAUUCAGACGGUGAUAGGUUGGCUUGAUCAGCCCAAAAUGGCAAGAUGAGGAGAGAAGGGAAGCAGCAAUUGCAACAUUCCCUUCCAUUAUCUGGCACAGCAAAAGCAUGUGAGUUUCCUGUGGGCCAUGUUGAUCAUGGGAAGGGUAGCUGGGCUUGAGUUUUCAUGAUAGGGCCUCAGCUAAAAGGCAGCCUGUUAUGCAAGGGGACUAUAGUGGUGAGAGGCCAUGGGGUCAUGGGGCAGAGGCGUAUUGUGGGGGGUUGCUGCAAGAGGUCAACCAGAGAAUGUGCCACUUGUGUCAAAGAACUGUGCAAUGUGGGAUCCAACCGAGGCCUCUAAAUAAUCCACUGAUGCAUCUGUGAAAAGAGCCAAUAUUUGGACUCUGCCGUAGUAAGAGACAGAGGCAUGGUGGCCUAUCUGCCUUAUCCAACAGUUAACUGCAGGGAGAUUUGCUGCUCUUUGUCUAAUACACUCUCCUCUUGCAGUGGCCUGGGGACAUCCAGAAUAUAGAGAAGGCAGAGAAGAUGGAGGAAGAGUAAAGAAACUGACCACACUCCUUCCCCACUUCACUGCAAGAAAGGCCUGAGCAGGGGCCAAGCAGAAGUUUGAAUUAGGUGUGAGACUGAUGUUAAAUUGGACUGACGUGGACAUUUUAAUGCCUGAAACACAGGUGCAAUUACUAAAAUGAGACAUGUCACUAAAAUAUAUGGGACCUGCCCAAGAUUCAGGCUAGAUCCUAAACAGAUCCUGACAGGGGGAGGUUCAACAAAACCUGACUAUAAGACAGUGGUUAGAGAGAAAGAUAAAGCCCUUUCCUUCAGGACUUAGCUCAUUCCAUAAACCAGUUUCAUAAUUAAUAAUGGUAAAGAAAUGAGCCUUAGUGAAAUCUUAUCAGAGUCAUCUGGCUGCGCUAGCCCUUCCUUGUGCUUCAGGAGAGGACUUACUUUCCUUCCCUUUAUGAAAUGGUAAAUUUCCUCAGCCUCUGUUAGACUGUUUCCUAAACAAAAAUAACAACAAUGACAAAGCUCAGCAAACAAUCACAAACUGUGUCACACACUCUAAACGAUCAGAUGUUUUAAAAUUGUUUCAGUGUUGCCCACAAAAUAUUGUUGAUAUUGAACAUAUAGAAUUUUGACAUUUUAACAGAAUUUCACAAAGCCUGCAGUUUUUGCUUCAUGAAAACACACGCAUUUCAGACAUGAAGAUUCUAUUGUAAGAGAUCAAUUUCUUUUUUAGAUAAAGAUUUUUUAUCUCCAGGAAUCCUCUUUCCUCUGUUGAAUUCUUCUGGUUGCAAGUAGCAGAUAUCAACUUGAGAAAGGGGGUGUUUAUUUGGAGGAUACAGAGGUGUCUCAAAGAAUUCAAAGGUGGGGACCCAACUGAGCUCCAAGAAGGUUGGGGAGCAGAGAUGGUGAACCACUCAAACUUUCUCACUAUCUCCACUCUCUCGACUCCAGACCAAUUAGCUGUUUGGGGGUAAGGGCAGGGAUAGAGGAGUGAGGACUGGGACAGCCUGCCUCAUGACCAUUAUCGAGAAGGCUGGAAGUCCAGGAGCAAAAUGCCAGUAUGUCUGGUUUCUCCUGAGGCCCCUCUCAUUGGGAACAGACGUCUGUCUUCUCCAUGUCCUUAGAUGGCCUUUUCUCUGUGUGCACACAUCCCUGGUAUCUCUUCCUUUUUUUGUAAGGACGUAUUGGACUAGGGCCCCACACUUAUGACCUCAUUUAACCCUAGUUACCUCUUUAAAGUCCCCAUCUCCGAGUAUAGUCACAGUCUGGGGUACUGCAGGGUUAGGGCUGCCACGUAGGAGUUUUGGAGGGUAUGCAAUUCAGCCCAUAACAGAUGUCUAUGCAGAUAAACUGAAGAUGUUGUGACACACGUUGUGAGCUGUCACCAAUAUCCAUUCUCCCUUUAUUUAAUACUAGAAUGCACGAAUUUUAUCAGGGCACCUCACAACCCAUCUAGAGACUACAUUUCCCAGUCUCCCUGGCAGCUUGAUGUGGAUGCGUGACUAAAUUCUGAGCAAAGGGAUGUAGCUGGAACCUAAGUGCCACUCUGAGUCCUGUCUCUAAGAAAGAUGAGUAUGGAUUCCUUUGCCCAAACGACCUUUCCUCUGUCUAAGAGAUAAGAACUGGAGGAGCCAUCUAGAACCUGGAGAUGAAAGCCUCCUGUUGAUGAUGUGCUCCUCAGUCUAACAUUUUGUGCUGCCCAUGCCAGCCUCUCCCCAUGUCCUGGACUGCUCACCUCUGUUAUGUGAGAGAAGUAAAUUACCUUGUUUAUGCCACCAUACUUUGGCUCCCUCUGAUACAGAAUCUUUGUCUGCACCCUCAUGAAGACAGACAUUUACAACCCACAGAUGGUGGUCCAGCCUUUGAACAUUUCCUGGCUACGUACACCUAUCACGAGAGAAGAGUGUGCAUGUUCCACUGUGCAACCUGGAUCAGAGCACGCACCAUCCUGAUCGAGCCACCAAUACCUCUCACCUGUACGACUGCAGUAACCUCCUAACCGGCCUCCUUGCUCUUACUCUUUUUUUUCUUUUUGAGGAAGAUUAGCCCUGAGCUAACUGCUG